CCUCUGAAACUGAUCCUCAGCUCUGCCUCUUCAACUGCAAACGCUCCGUCAGUGCGCGUCCCCGCGGCGCGCUCACAGUCUCCGUUCUCCUCGGUCGCGCGUUUAUCAAUCACUCUGACGCUCUUCUCUUGAUCACUUUUAUCGAUCUGGGGUUUUACCGAGCCGCAGGUCUGGAUCAUCUCACGACUCUCGCUUUCGGGACUAAAGACGCGCUGCUGUCGGUGAUCCGCUCGCCGAGCCGGACUGCCGAGAGUCCUCCAGAGCGCAGCCCGGGGGUGUUGAGCCGCAUCGGGAGCUGGCUGUCAUGGGGUUGGGGCAGUCCGGCAGCCACUGCAGAAGAGCCCGAAACACAACACCAGGAGGAGGACCUGAGUGAAACCACCCAUCAGACAGCUCAGACUGCUGAACCUGCAGACCGAAGCCCUUCCCCAAACCGGAAUGACAAGCAUCUGAGAUCCGCACGUGGCUCUGUGCAGCACAUACAGACAAGUCAAAACACAGAACUGGGGCGCGCUGCGAAAAAAAAGAGACGCAGCAAAUCAUUCGAGAGCCACAAGACCAGCACAUCACCCCGAGAUCAAAUGGGACGGAGGAGGUCAGGAAGGAGGAGGCGGAGCUCUCAUGGAGAAAGAGGCGGGACUGAGAAUAAAUCCACCAAUAGGAAAGAUUCAGCAACCGGUUUGACAGGUAGCGCGCAGACGGUAUGGGCUGACUCGGUUUUUGGGGAGGAGGAAAAAUCAGUUCAGGACUCACCUGGAGCAGGUAACUGUGAGGAUGUGGUCCGAGCCGAAUGGGUGGAAGCACACUUGAGUGAUUCUGAUUCACACACACUCUCUUUGGGUUUUUCUGGAGGCCCGGAUAUGGAUGAGGAGGGGGUGGUGCGUCUGACGGAGAGCCCAGAGUCCAAACGCAGGAGCAUCAAAGUGUCCCACAGCCAGAAGGUCUUUCCUAAAAGAGUGUUUCUGGAGCCAGAGACACCACAACAUGAGGAUGUGUUUAAUAAAGAAACAGCCAGCGGAGGCUCCAGAUGGGCCAGACUUGACGAUAGAGCCAGAGUGGAGGGUCCCAGUGUGAAAUCCAGCCUUCCGAAAGGCAAAGUCGCAGAUAGGAUAAAUCUGUUUGAGCGAGGAGCGACCAAUGCAGUUAGUAGCUCCACAAACCUGCGCCGUCUGGAUAUUUCUCCAGCUCGAAAAAUGCCCAGUCAUCUCAAAGACUUUACAGUACAAGCUGGAGCACGGUCCAGUUCUGCACCUCCUAAACAAUCGGUUAAAGAGAGAGCCAGGAAUUUCAACACAGGAGGGACAGAUGAGAAGAUUCCACUGCCAUCUGGUCAUACAGUGAAUGAAGGAGCUUUAAAAAAGGCUGCUCGUUUUGACAAAUCAACCACUGGAGGUCCUAAGUUUAAAUCUAAACCUCAUUUAAAUAUUGAUCAAAGAGACUCCAAAUCCCAUGAUGCAACACAAACCAAACCUGCACAGCCAGAGAGCAAAACAGACUCCAGCAUAGGGAAUAAAGAUGCGGAUAAUGAAAGUUGUUCUCAGGAGACUGUUUUAAUGUCUACUGAUGAGGUGAAAUUGACAACUCGGACAGGGACGCGGUCUAAAAAACGAAGGAAUAAAGACACGGGUCAACCACAAAGCCCCAUUAGCCAAAACAAACAAGACACUGGUGAACAGAAUAACAAGAACAACCCUGAGUCUGAUACGGCAUCAAAACCUCUUUUAAACAUGAAACAUCUCACUAAGAGCACUUCUGCAAAAGAGGAGGAGGAGAUCGCAAGCAAAAGACCUAAAGUUCCAGUGAAGUUGGAGAAAGCGGCGGAAAUAAUGCAAAGCACAAAGAAAACAUUUGAUUUAAAGUCUCCACAUGUGGACACAAGGGAUCUCAAAGAAAUGAAAAGCACAGAUUUGAAGGAGCAAACAGAUGCCAGUGGCUUUGAAACACAGGUAGGGACCACUGCUUCUGAUGGACAUCCUCCUACAUCCAGGUCCCGAAAUGAAAGGACAGAAGUGACGGACACUGAGCCAAAAACUGAAAAGCAACAAAAUAAUGGCAACAAAAAGCAGCCUGUUGAAGAGAGCUCAGAAGAAGGAGGACUGAGGAACAGAGACAUGAUUGUAAACACAUUGUUUGGGGAAUCAGGGAAAUCAGAUCCAUCUGGGACAAAAGAGAAGAAACCAUCAUCCCCAGAGGACCUGAAAGAGGCCAGCGCUAAAGACUCCUUUGAGCCUGCCAAAUGCAGAGUUGCAGCCUCCAGGAAUGAUGCCAUGCGGAACAGAGAGAGUGAGACUGAUAUGUUGGACUUACCUGAGAAAGACACCAUUACGUGUUUGCCGAAAGAGAAAAACACUUCUGAAAAUCUCCCAAAAUCAGACAAGUCACAAACACCAUCGAAAGCAAAAGAUGCUUUGAUUGAGCCAAGCAAUGAAAAACAGCAAAAAGACAAUGCGACAGAAACAACUGCGACUCACAAACGCUGUAAUGAGGUCAACACGUCAAAGCCAACCGAGCAGAAAGCAGACGGUGGGAUUAAAUCAAAGACAACCAAACAAGGUAAAUCAAAGGACUCCUCAGCUGCGAGGCCCAACGACGCCAGGCAGGAAGACACAACAAUCGUGGAAAUUCAGAAUACAGAAACAAACUCUUCUAAUGUUGUGUUGGGUCAGAUUGAAAAAGAAAAAGACACUUCUACAUGUAGAGCACUGGCAAAACCCACAGACUUAUCAAAAACCACUUAUCAAAACCAAUUGGACAGCAUCAUUUCAGCUCAGAUUACAGCUACAGAAGGAGAAGGUGUGGUAGAGAGCCAAUGCGGAAGCAAGGAUGCGCAGAAGACAUCCAGUAAAAGAGAUCUACAAAAGCAAAAAGAAAAGCCUAACACUGAAUCUGAAGAGGGAACAGCAGACAAAACUAAGAACAAACCCGCUUGUACAGAAAAGACAUUCAUAGUGAAUGGAGAUAUGCACUCAGUAGAGACGGAAGAUCAGUUGUCUGCCAGUCCAGAACAGUCUGAAGGAAAAUUACCUUACUCUAGCAAUGAAAAUACUGUAAUGCCACCCAAUGAUGGGUCAUCAACAGCUAAUGGAGCAUCCACCAAGCAAGUUACUGAAAAGUGUACCUCUAAUUCAGCCUGGUCAUCACUGAAUGACAAUACAUCCCUUCCAUCAGAUUCAGCUAAUAUAAAGACUUCUCCUCUUGGAACAACAUCAUCUAUUGACAAAACCACACGUCAGAAAUCUACACCUAAUGACGAGAACAGAUCGCCACAAGCCUCAACCAAUGAGACCAUCUCCACUUCAUCUACUUUGACUAAUGAAAAGACUAUCCCUUCAUCAGCUGACAUAAACAAGCCUUCACAAGCCUCAGCUAAUGAAGAGAACAAAAUUCCAUUAGAAACCACUAACAAAAACACAUCUAAUGAAAAGACCACAUCUUUACCCGCCUCAGCUAAUGAGACUUCCUCCACUUACCCUGCCCCGAGUAAUGAAAAAACUCAAUCAACAUCAGCAACUGAGAGUGGUGUCAAGAGCAAACUAAAUUCAGCUAAUGACACAACUACACCAUCACAAGCUUCAACUAAUGAACAGGCCACGCCUCCACCAGCCUCAACUAAAGAAAAUACUACACCUCCACCAACUAUAACUAUUAACAAGACUACACCUCUACCAGCCUUAACUAAUGAAACCAGCACAGCCUCACAAGUCUCAACUAAAGAAAAGACCACACCUCCACCAGUCCCAACUAAUGAAAAGACCACACCUCCACCAGUCCCAACUAAUGAAAAGACCACACCUCCACCAGUCUCAACUAAUGAAAAGACCACACCUCCACCAGUCCCAACUAAUGAAAAGACCACACCUCCACCAGUCUCAACUAAUGAAAAGACCACACCUCCACCAGUCUCAACUAAUGAAAAGACAGCACCUCCACCAGCUUCAACUAAUGAAAAGAACACACCUCCAUCAGUCUCUGCUAAUGAAAAGACCACACCUCCACCAGUCUCAACUAAUGAAAAGACCACAUCUCCAUCAGUCUCAAAUAAUGAAAAAACCACACCUCCACCAGCUUCAACUAAUGAAAGGACCACAUCUCCACCAAUCUUAACUAAUGAAAAGACCACACCUCCCUCAGUCUCAAUUAAUCAAAAGACCACACCUCCACCAGUCUCCACUAAUCAAAAGACCACACCUCCACCAGUCUUAACUAAUGAAAUCACCAUACCUCCACCAGCUUCAACUAAUGAAAAGACAGCACCUCCACCAGUCUCUACUAAUGAAAAGACCACACCUCCAUCAGUCUCUACUAAUGAAAAGACCACACCUCCAACAGUCUCAACUAAUGAAAAUACCACACCUCCACCAGUCUUAACUAAUGAAAAGACCACACCUCCACCAGCUUCAACUAAUAAAAAGACCACACCUUCACAAGUCUCAAUUAAUGAAAAGGCCACACCUCCACCAGCUUUAACUAAUGAAAAGGCCACACCUCCACCAGCUUCAACUAAUGAAAAUACCACACCUCCACCGGCUUCAACUAAUGAAAAGACCACACCUCCACCAGCUUCAACUAAUGAAAAUACCACACCUCCACCGGCUUCAACUAAUGAAAAGACCACACCUCCACCAGCUUCAACUAAUGAAAAGACCACACCUUCACAAGUCUCAAUUAAUGAAAAGGCCACACCUCCAUCAGCUUCAACUAAUGAAAAGACCACACCUCUUCAAGAUUCAACUAAUGAAAAGACCACACCUUCACAAGUCUCAGUUAAUGAAAAGGCCACACCUCCAUCAGCUUCAACUAAAGAAAAGAUCAUGCCUCCAUCAGUCUUAACCAAUGAAAAGGCAACGCCUCCACCAUCCUCAGCUAAUGAAAACACUCCACCUCCGCCAGCCUCCACCAAUGAAAAGACUGCAUCUAUCCUUGCCUCAGUCAGUAAAAAGAGCAAACCUGCACCAACUUCAACCAAAGAAAAGACCAUCUCGCCCUCAGCUUCAACCAAUGAAAAGACAUCACCUUCUCUAUCAUCAACCACUGAGUCUAAAUCCACAUUAUUAGAUGUAAUUCAUGAAAAGACCACAACUUUAUCAGUCUUAACUAAUGAAACAACUACUUCUCCAUUAGACAAAGCUAGUAGAAAUACAACUAAAGUAGAAACUGAAGAGACCAAAUCUUCACCUACACCAGUCGAUGAAAAACCCACCCCUGCGAAAUCCUCAGCUAAAGAAAAUGCUGCACCUUCACCAGUAACCAAUCCACCAUUCUCCAAUGAUAUGACUAAUAACAAUGAAAAGACCAUGCCACUACCAGCAUCAUCAUCAAUUCCACUGGUCUCUACUAAAAUGGGGAAUACAGCUCCUCCUCCUUUGUCUAAAGGAAAAAUCCUCUCAUUAGCAGAUCAUGACAAUGAGAAGACCCCACUAUCAGUACCCUCAGUCACUGAAAAGACCAUACCUUUUCAAUCCUUAGGCAAAGAGAAGAUCUCCCAUACAUUGGCUUCAGGCAGUGAGAAAUCCCAAUCUCCUGCUAGUAAAUCUACAGAUCCAGCCACAAGAAAAAAGGAAUUCAUCUCCAAACCCUUUAUCCUUCCUCAAAUUCCCUUUGCACCUGGCAGGUCCUCUGUACACAGAGACUCUCCGUCUAGCUGGCUUGAUGUGGAUCUUCCUUUAAGGAAGAAACAGUUACUUCCUGAACCAAAACAUAAGCUCAGCUCAUCCGUGAGUAAGACCAACCUGGAUACAUCAGGGGAAUUUGACUCAGAUGACUUUAUUGCAAAUGUGAAAAGGCUAGCAAUGCCAUUCAGCCUCCCCCGACGCAAGCACAACAAACAUCGCCUGCAAGCCCCUCCAUUUGCAAUGCCUGCCAUCAGAGAAGACCAUUUCGAGAAACCCUUUGACCCAGAGGAGUUCCAGCAUGGCUUGAAGAGGAGGAGAGGAUUUAUUUUGGAUGUAGCUCCUGACUCAGUAACCAAGAACCCAGACGCAGAGGUCAAGAACGUGGAAAUCAAACCUAAGCGUGAGAGCAUUCUCACAAGGUCCUUGAUCUUCCAAAGAAAUAGGAAGGAGUCUGAUAAGGAAGAGGAAGAAAAAGAUGAGGGAUCAAAUGAAAUCACAACAGAACCUCAGACUAGGUCUCGUUUGGAGAGGUGCUCCAUUGUCAGCAUGCUACGCAGCCCCAGCAAAGCAAGACGCACUGAGUUUUUAAGCCCUACUGAGAGUACUUCAAAUGGACUGCUGUCCCCUAGUGAUGCUUCAGGGUCUUUAACACCUAUACAAUCACAGCUAACACCAACAACAGAAACACCUGAACAAAACGCAGUAGAGCAAGCUCUUGGUUGCAAGGACUACCUCAGUACUCAGCCUGCUUCUCAUGAUUCUCUAAAACCCAGCAAGGAUGUUGGAAUUAAAACAACUUCAAGAGAUUCAUCAGCCAUUGCAAUAACAGACAUUAACACGUUUCCAGCUCCCAGUGGUACCCAGACUACUUCCCAGGUUGCCCUAAAAUCUACUAACACUGACAGACUUUUGAAAAUGCCUGACUCUAAAACUAGUUUAGCAGACUCAACAGUCACUAUUUUAACAGACUCUGAUGCUAGUUGUAACCAGUCUGGUCCCCAAGCUGUACAAAAACCCACUAAACGUGAUACACCUGCAAUGACACCAGGCUCUAAAACAACUUCAGGAGACCCUAACCUCACUGUAUUAGCAGAUAGAAGUGAUUCCUCUCCUCCUAGUGUUAGCCACCCUAUUUCCCAAGUUGUAUUGGAACCAACUAAGAAUGAUGGACUUUCGAUGGAGUCUAAAAAACCCAAUAUAAAUGAUACACCUGUCUUGAUACCUGCCCCCAAAACAGUUUCAGGAUACACUAAAGAUUCUUUGCAUUCUAGUUCUCAGUCUGCACUGAAAGCUACUAAGGACCAUGGACCUACUCUGACACCUGAGUUGAAAAGAGCAGACCCUCCUGUCACAAUGCUAUCAGACACUAAUUCACCACUUCUUAACAGUAUCCAGACUAGUAGUAAUGUUGUUUUGCAACCCGAUGGUCCAACUCUGAGUAUUGACCAGAAAACAACACCAGCAGUCCCCAGUGUGACUACAGCAGAAAACGCUAGUGCUCCACCACCACUUCCAUCUUUUGAUGACAUCAAGUUGCCCAGUUACCUGGAUACAUUUCUUCCAAAGGAACCAGGAAAAGAUCUGCCAUCGAAUAAGAUCAACUCACUGGCAGCUAAAGAAAGUGCUUCCAUACCCGGUGUAGUGGAUCUCAAAAAGUCUGAUGUAGCUGACAGAAAAAUAUCAGAAGUUCCACCUGCACCUCAAGUUCCUCAAAUCCCUCAAGCUGCACCACAGAGGGAACUCCCAAAUAUUCCAACUUCUCGUGGAAUCCAUCGACGUCCUGGAAAGAUCGUGAUAUUUGAGCACCAUCAGUUCAACGGACAGUCCUUUGAGUUUUACAGGGACCAACCUGAUGCUACACACAUGCCUCUGUCCACUGUCAUAUCCAUCAAAGUGGUUAGAGGAUGCUGGAUAUUGUAUGAGAAACCAGGAUUUGAAGGACGAUCCAUUCCGCUGGAAGAGGAAGGCAUUAUUGAACUGCCCAAUCAAUGGGCAGAAGAAGGGGAAGAAAUCUCUGCCCCUGUGGUCAUUGGCUCGAUUCGACUGGCUGUCAAAGACUACGCUACUCCCCGGAUAGAGCUGUUCACGGAGCCCGCAGGCCGGGGCCGCAGCUCUGAGUUUGUGGAUCACGCAGAAGAAGUGAGCAGCUUCGGUCUUCCUCAGAGCACAGGAUCUAUUAAAGUCCACAGUGGUCUGUGGCUGGUUUACAGUGAUCCGGGUUUCCAGGGUCUGCUGGCGGUUCUGGAGGCUGGAGAAUAUCCUUUUCCAGAGGACUGGGGUUUCCCAGCUCCAGCCGUGGGCUCUCUGAGGCCUCUGCGCAUGGGCUGUCUGAAGGUGGAGAAGCCGAACGCAGUGAAGGCUGUUUUGUACGAAAAGGCUGGUUUUAAGGGCCGAUGUGUGGAGGUGCAGGGAGACCUGUUUUCCUGCACAGAAACAGACACAAAUAAUUCAGAAAAUCACGGAUUAAAUGGUGUGGAGUCACUGAAGAUCCUCGGAGGCCUGUGGGUGGGAUACGAGCACGAGGGUUUCGAUGGACAGCAGUUCAUUCUGGAGGAAGGAGAAUAUUUAGACUGGAGCGACUGGUGCGGGACAAGCCAGAAACUGCUCUCGCUGCGGCCGCUGCUGAUGGAUUCUUCUCCUCCUCAUGUGAAGAUGUUUAGUGAGCUGGAUUUCUCAGAGCGCGGUGUCAGUAUCGACCUCCUGGAGCCGCUGGAAAACUUCGCUAACACACACUACGGCACUCAGACCCGCUCCAUCGAGGUCCUGGCCGGAGUCUGGCUGGCGUUCGAGGCUCCUGGUUUCUCGGGCCAGCAGUAUGUGCUGGAGAAGGGUCUGUACGGAGCACCGGAGGACUGGGGUGCGUCAGACAGCCGGAUCUGCUCUGUGAUCCCAGUGAUGGUGCUCUCAUUUGUUUCUCUGCUGUUUCAGGAGCGUGUGGAGAGCUGCUGCCACUUCCAGAUGGAGCUGUUCUCUGAGUGUGACUGCAGAGGAGCGUCUGUGCUGCUGCAGGACUCAUUACCCAUAAUGCCCCAGGGCUUCAGCGCGCGCUCCUGCAGGGUCCUGUCUGGCAGCUGGCAGGUGUUUGCUGCUCAGAGUUUCUCAGGUGUUCAGUGUGUUCUGGAUGAAGGUGUGUAUCCGGAUCUGAGGACGAUGGGCUUCAUGCAGCUCCACACAGCAGUGCAGUCUCUCCAGCCAACCGGACACGAGUUUUCAGUGCCCUCAGUGGUUCUGUUUGAGCGCUGUGGACUCAGAGGCCGGCGGACGCUCCUGAAGUGCAGCUCCGUCAACCUGCAGCUCACCGACAGCUGCACCAGAGUCUGCUCUGUGCUGGUGGAGGGCGGCAUGUGGGUUCUGUAUGAGGCCAACAACUUCAGAGGGUCCCAGAUUCUGCUGAAGCCAGGGGCCAUUCCUGAUUGGCAUAAAUUCUCCUCCUGGCAGCGAAUUGGAUCACUCCGACCACUUAUACAGAAACAAAUGUAUUUCCGCUUACGAAACAAAGAGUCUGGGCUUCUGAUGACGGUCACCGGCUCACCUGAAGACGUCAAACUGAUGCGCAUACAGGUGACGGAGGAGGCGGGCGGAGACAACCAGAUCUGGAGCUAUCAGGACGGACACCUGCAGUGCAAGUGCGUGCUGGAUUGUGUAGUGGACUCGGCCUCUGCUGUUCUUCUGUCUGGAUGUCGAGUGGUUUUGUCUUCAGACGUCUCUCGGCCGCAGCAGCUCUGGAACAUCACGAGCGACGGCUUCAUCCGCAACAACAGCUCACCUCAACACGUGCUGGAGGUCAAAGGAGGUCAACAAUUCGACAAAAACCAGAUUAUUCUUAAUGAAUUCCACCCAAAUAAAGCGAGUCAGCAAUGGUCUGUGGAAAUCCUGUGAGCAGAUUCACUUCAUGAGCUCCGUCGGUUGACCCACUGUUCUGUGGCGGAGCUGCACCAGGGGGACCAGUGUCCUGUGGGGCAGCUGCACCAGAGGGACCACCAUCUGCAUUUAUUAUGGAAACCUCAUUCCCAGGAGAACCAGUGGAUUUAAUAUGAUCACAGUUAGCUGGACAUGGUGUUAUUUUUAUAAAUGAACUAUCUAUCCAAGCUGCCUCUCGAAAGCACACACUUGAACGGUGCUUUAUGUAAAUUGUUUUAAUGUACUUGUAUGGAUGCCUGUAUAAAACACAACCUGCGUGUUUAUAUGUAAAUGUUUGCUUUGAUAAUUAA